AUGAUGGAGAAUCUAACUGGUGGUGUUCAGGGCUCUGUGGUUGGGCUCAUGCUAUGUAAUGUCACCAUUGAUGACCCAAGAGAUGAACUGGAUGCCAUCUCAUUAAGUUUGUGGAUGACACCAGUUUGGAUGGAGUGGAUGAUAUACUGGAGGAUGGGACUAAAUCAGAGGGAACUUGACAAGCUGGAGGAGUUGGCCAAGAGAAUUCUCAUGGAGUUUAGCAGUCCUAUUGCCACAACUCCGCCGCAUCCGAGCUGGAUGGAGGAAUUCCUGAGCCAGAGCAGCAGUGGCACCCAGGUGUCGGUCACCAGYGGCGUCUCCCUGGGAGAAGCAAUCCGUCAGAAAUCUGCCAUGAGUGAGGGAACAGAGCCAUGGUAUCACCUUCCAGCAGAAGUGGAUGUCAGCCGCUUAACUGCUGCCUCGGACUCCAAACUUGGCCUGACGUGGGAUAGGAAUGACCUGAYGGACUUCCCAACGAUGGAGGAGGGAGUGUUGCCUUCGGCAGAAGCCUCCACAAGGCAGUAUCCCGGGGACGCAGCACGUGGCUCGCUUCUGGAUAUUCAGGACAGUCGAUUCUCGCCCUGUCUUCCACUGCUGAUGACAUACUCAACACAGGGUCAAAAAAUUUUGGGUGAUACACUUUUCCAGCAGUCAGAAGGGGAUUUUAUUCCUCUAAGAGGAAUUCCUGAUGUUUCCAGUGCCUCUGAGGAUGAAGGUUUCUCUCUGGUCAGUAAUGUACCAGCUGCUGUUCUUGAGCUUGCAGAGAAAGAAGAAAGGCUAUCGAGGCAUGAUGAGUUCUCCUCAUCUUCAGAAAACUCUUGUAGAACUGCACUGUUGAGGACCUCGGAAAAAUGCGAAAUGGAGAGGCAAAUGGAAAAGGGAAAAAUGGCAGAGAGUGAGUCAGAAGGCAACGGAGAUCCCAAGGAUUAUGUUGCUACUUCCAUUAGAGAGACGGUGUCGUUGGCAAAUUUGCCUUUUCAGGAUGAAAACUUGGUGCCCGUCCGCUCCCUUACCGGAUCUCAGCGCGAUGCCUCAGCGAGUGUCGCCAGCAGGGACCCCUCUCUGACCGAAGCUGUUCAGCCAGCACACUCGACACAGGCAGAGGAAAAAAGUGCUGUUUUAGGAGUGCCUGAAACUAAAGGGAGCAGUAAUAGUUCACUAGACUCCGUGUUACAGAAGUUUACGGCCAAGCUUGUUGUCACUGGGUCAAGUGAUGAAGAUGCUGAGAGUAACAAUACAGAACAGAGUUCAGACACAAAUCUCAUCCUUUCUAGUGAACAAAUGGAUCAACUCCUUAAAAAGGUUGGAAACUCUCAAGCUGUUGAUGAAGAGAGUUUUGGUGGCCUUGAAAACCAAAGACAGUCUCCUAAGCUAGAUGCUACUCCUGGCCACGUCACUAUGGACCAUUUCAGUGAUAUUUCCCCAGACAGCUUGAAUCUUCUUGCUAGUUCUGGGGGAAGCAGCCAGCUGGACUUGGGCCCUUCUCAGGUUUCUAGGCACUUCUUCAGUGCAGAAGAGGGGAACUUCAUCCCCUUUCGACUAAGCCCUUUGAAAACUCCAGAGAAAGAAGAGCUAAAUAUUGAAGAAAGGAUCCCAGUGUAUCUUCGCAACCUUGGCAUUGACCAGUCCCCUGGAUCUAUCCUGACUCCGUUUGUGCCCCGAGGACCUAUCAGGGAAGUUGAAUUUUCCCCCUCAGAGCUUCGAACACUGAAGGACUCCUCCGACUCUCUUAGGAAGACGGCUCAGCGGCUACAAGAUGAAUUGCUGACUGCAGUUGACGCUCCGCAAACAAGCUUUAACUCUGGCACUUCCACUCGCAGUAUGUCUGUCCCAAUGGGUUCAGAAGUUGGCUCUGAUGUUCUGUUCCCCAGGGAGCUCUCUCCUUGCUUCUCAAGAUCUUCUGGAGACAGACCAGUGAGUCAGUGCAGUGUUUCAUGCCCCCAACAGGAGCUAACUGCCUCCCAUGGUGUUGUAAGCAGAGCAGAGUAUUUGUCUGUCUCCAAACUGGCUGAUCCAGAUCAGCAGCUUCAGAUGGUCUCACCUGGCUGCUGUUCUGAUGUAGAGACUGCAAAACGUGUUCAAGAUCUGCUAGCUAAAAACGAGGCGAAGGAUGCAGAGAGCCUGCAGAGGUGGCCUGCAGGUUCUUUGUCUGGAGUUGGACAGGAAAUGGGAGUUGAGAUAGGAUCACAGCCUUCAAGUGUAGGUACUUCUGGUAAUGAGAGGAAUAAGGAUCCAGAAAGCGAUUCCUUGAUUGGAUCUGAUACACUGAAAGAAAUCCGGAAGCUUUUAGCAAAGGCAGAGGAUAUAGCUGGCAGCUGGUGCAACCCUGUCGUUUCCAGUGCCUCUUCUAGAGAAACUGUUGACUCUUCUCCAGUGCUAAAUAGAGAGGAGGGUGAUCUCAAGGAUUCCAGGGUAGCGAAAGACAACGUCCCUGAGUUUCAGAGGAUGUCGUUGUGGGACGAAGCUGUGACCCAAAGGCGUUCCCAAGAAGAGCGGUCAGUCGUAAAGUGCCGGAAUUCUUACCAAGGCAGCUCGAGAUGGGGAACUUCUCUUGAUGUCAAUUUACACAGCAAUGAAGAAGUGAUGAAAGAGAAGACCAAAGAGUUUAAGACCAGAAAAUCUGCAGGAAGGUCCGAGCCAGAAGGCUGCAGUAGUGCAGCAACGGACAGAAAUGCGCCUGCUUUUGUGCCUGUUGCACUGAGUAAUGCAAGUAGUGAGCUGAGCAGUGGAAAAACUUCAGAGCUCCUGAGUCCUUCUCCAGCAGAGCCUUCAGGCUGCAUCACAGAUGCCCUGGGAAGCUUGCCCAGGGCCUUGGCUAAAGCUAGUGCAGCUGGCAGCAAGGAGGGAGGAAUUCAAGAGAAYGAUAACAGUAGCAGUGGAGAUUCGCUGGCUGCCCGUGUCAAAACCCUUCUCCGAAAGGGAUCGCCUGUGGCACCUGCAAGACAAGAUUUCAGAAGUGUGGAGGAAGAGGAGAGGAAAGCACGAGCUUGGGUGAAGCUAAAACUGGCCAGCCGAUCUCUGGAGUCGGUGUCAGACCUGACUGAAGAGGACAGGCRAAGGAUAGAGGAGAUCAAGGCAGAGCUGCUGCUGAGCGCCAAGAAAUCGGGAGCAGCCAAGGCUCCAGCUUUGGAAACUGCUUCUGAGUACAGCCAGAAGUGGGAACAGGACAGAGAGCCCUCCAGAGCUUCGAGCAACAGAACUUCUCCUGUUGAGAGCCAUGCACGAGGGUUCAGGACGGAGGAUGUUUGUGAGUCUAGGUCACAGCAAGUCAGGCCAGUGCAUGGGGCUGAUCCCUCUGACUGUUGCCUCCUGAGGAAGGCACAGUUCAAAUCCUCGAGUACUGUUCGAACACCCCAACAUCAGGCAGCUGCAACUAGUCAUUCUGAUGCCAGCACUGGUCUUCACGCUCCCUUGCAGCAGGAAUGGGACACCCAGGUAAUGAGAUUUCCAGCUGCUUCUGAUACACAGAUGGAGGAAAUACGUCUUCCAGCUCAGAAGCUGUCUGUGGAAAAGUCUUCUGAAGAAAUGACCAAGCAAAUUACUUCUAUCACUUUUUCAUCCCGAAAACGUUCUCCAUCACCACUGAAUUGCAUGGUACUUGGCAGCAGCCUUACUGGAGAUGGUCUUGAUGRGGUAAUGCCAUUGGAGAUUGGCUCUGCAGAUACUGAGGAGCAGGACCAUGGUAAACAACGUUGGGCAAGAUCUAAGAUCUGUCCUCCCUCAAGUUUUGAAGAAACACUUCAAGAAGCAGUGUUUGCUGGUUCACUGUCUAGUGAGAUUGCAUUUGCUGCUGACAAAGGCAGGUCUCACCGUGUUCCUGCUGACAAGAGCAGAACUGGGGUGAAUCAAGAAGAUUUUGUAUUGGAUCAGGAUUCUUUAAGCAUCCAUAGCCAUGAAGAGAAGACAUGUACUGCAAAAAAAAUUGAGGAAACUCUGCUUGGAGAUGCAACCAAAUCAGACAGGCGUAGCGCCAGAGUCCAGAGAGCCAACGGCAAUGUAAGAUUCAGUCAAGACACGAGUGGACUUCAUGAACUCCAUUCUCUAAAGAGCAGCUCACCCAGACGCAUUCAACGUGGUGAGGACACAGAAGGUCCUAGUCCAGCUGUACCAACUGAUUUGCUGAAGGACCAUGUUAAUUUGUUAGAAAAGGAGAAAAAUCCUUCAGACACGGUCUCUCUCAUUCAAAAAGGGGUUCCUAGAGAGCAAACCAGCAUGUCUUGCCAUUCGGCUCCAAAUCAGCUUUUCUCCACUACAUCUGCGUACCCAUCAUCCCCAACUAAGAAGGUUCUGUCUUGUGUCCAUAUAACUCUUUCCCCAAAGGGCACUAACUCAGAGCUGUGUGGUGACCUGAACACUGAAAAUGAGAAGAGCCUGGGCAAUAAGCCUGAAGUUGAUCCUCAACGGGUGUGUUCAAAACCAGAAAUUUCAUUAGAUGCUGUUUCUAAAUUAUCAAGUACUGACCCUAUCCUGGCAGAUCAAAGAUCUAGUUUUCCAGUCCCAGUAUCUUCAGCAGAUUCCUGCCUUGUGCUUUCCUCUGUUGCAAACACAGCAGGGCAAGAGCUAAAGCCUCUUCUUCAACCAAGCUGUGAGAGACCACAGGCCACUGCUCCGGGCUCAGAGGCAUCUCAUCUGAACAAUAAUUUCAGGUCUGUAGUAUUGGAAGAAAAUGGGAAAACUACCUCUGAUGCUGCCACUCAGAUAACAACAGAAAGUCCUGAAAAGACAACCUUUUCGUCAGAAAUUUAUAUUAAUCCUAAAGACAUUGAAAAUGCCACCCUGCAGCCAUCUCUCCAGAAAGCUCAUCAGGUCUCCAGUUGUGCAGCUUCAUGCCCGAACAGGAUUUCUGCUCWUCCAAGGCAGGGGGGUCAGCCGCUACUGCUGCCCUAUAAACCUUCGGGAAGCACUGGGAUGUAUUAUGUUCCUUAUCCGAAGGCCGUGCCCCAAAUGUCCCCAGUUUCCUCAGAAGUGCCUGCUGAGAGCUCUCGCUCAGGAUCAAAGGAUGCUUUUCCUCCAAGCUUUCCAGCAGAUGUACUUGGUUUAGGGGACGAGAAUCCUCCAGGCAGUAUAGCUGUUAAGCAUAAAGCAGGAAUCUCUAGUAAAAAGGCCAAGCCCAGRCUAGCCUGGACUGAGAAGCAAAUGAUGCCACUGGAGGUUGCCUCAGAAUGCCUGAAUCAAUUGAAGCCUGUAAAAGCCAGUCAUUCCACGUUCAGGUCGGCGCAGUUCUUCCUGCAUCCUCCAAUGCCCAUGGACGACGGGUACUCGGUGUCGGAGAGUGAGGCCUCGGAGGAGGGCUCUGGCCCAGGACACACUGGACCUUCCUCCAUCGCUUUCCAGAACUGGAGAAAGACACAGCCCCAUCAGCCAGUUUCCUCUGCUCGUCGUAGGAAGGAGGAUGAAAAUGAAUUCCUUCCCCUAACUGCAGAAGCAGAUUACAGCAGGAAUGAGGAUGUAGCCGUUAGUACAUCCAUGGGGAAGGAAACUUCAGGGAAGGAGCUAUUUCAGCAUGCCAGAAGAGAAGCAGAACAGAAAAAGACCAGAAUGACUGACUUGAACAAGGAUCUGGAGACAGACCUUCCGGUGAAACAGAGAACCCAUUCUAGUGGUAGCUUAGAUGAACUCUGGACUAAAUUUCUGCGGUGCCAGAGGAGACACCAGCACCACYAUUUUAGGAGAGCUGGUGAGCUGUCCCUUGUAGAACGCCUUGAUCGGCUGGCUAGAGUCCUUCAGAACCCCAUUAAGCACACGCUGAUACCUACAGAGCCUGGCAGGAAUGUUUCUGAAGAGAGAAGGAAGGGAGGAGAGCAGCAGAAAACAAGGCUUCAGGAAAAGAACACGUGUGGAAGUAACUUAGAGCCUAAUGCAGCACACGGCGAAGAAAGACCACGUAUCAACCACGAUAAAAAUAGGCUUGCUGAGUUCAGGGAAAAUAGGACAAGAGAGAAGACUAUAUGUCACAUGGAUAAAAUUUUGGAGCACCAGCAGUACUUGGAAACUCCUAGUGAGGUUUCCUCAGAGACGAGGCUUGGCAGAGAUCAUGGCACUGUGGUCACUUCCACCACCUCCGAGUGGGAGACGAUGACCCCCACGGAGAUGGAAAGUGCCACGCAGACCGAGAGGAGCAGCUCUGUUUCCACCAUCGACACUGCCAGGCUGGUCAGGGCUUUUGGGCAUGAAAGGGUGCGGGUGUCCCCACGGCUGUCCCAGCUUUAUUGUGCCAUCGAUCAGCAGAAAAAUCGCUCGGAAAAGUGGGAUGAGUGGAGCAGCGCCGUGACGGGGGCAGAAUAUCCUAGGGAGGCUUCUGAGAGACAGGGGAGRAGGAAAGAGAUGCAGAAGGCAGCUGCUUUUUCACCCGAUUCAGCUUCCACUAGCAGUAGCUCUUGGGGACCAAGCUCUGCUCUUAGCAACAAGAGACGAAUACGGAUGUUAAACAAAGGUAUCCAAGCAGGAGACUUGGAGAUUGUGAGCAGUGCCACUAAAAAGAACACUCGGGAUGUUGGUGUGACUUUUCCAACUCCGAGAUGCAGCCAGCCGAGUGCACGGCCACAGGAACCCUGGCUCUGUGGCACUGGUGCUUUUGGAGAGUCAGCUGGUGUGGUCACAGAUCAGCAGGUACCAGGAGGCCGGGGCAAACAGAAGGGCCAGACGGGCAGUCUUUGUAUGGACAAAAAGAUGAAAAGGAGCAGGCUGCAUUUGCCACAAGGAGUUUCCUGGCUUGCCCAAGCAGAGGAUUUGAAAUCCGAAUCUAAGAAAGAAAACUGUUCCAGUGCCUCCUCUGGGCCGGGUCCAGCCUGGUUUGAACCACUGAGCAGCACGAAGCCGUGGCGGGAGCCGCUCCGGGAGCGGAACGGGCAGGAGCAGCAGCAGAGCAGCGCCCASCACGCGGCCCUGCCGGGGGGAGGUGCUGAGAACAGGUCCCCACGGCCCUUCGUGAGGCUGACGCUGCAGGAGGCUCUUGCGUUGCAUCGCCCUGACUUCAUCUCCCGCUCUGGAGAGCGUGUAAAGCGCCUGAAGCUGGUCAUGGAGGAGAGAAAGAUGCAGAGUGUGUUGCAGUGCGAACGAGAACAGCUGUUUAAUCCUCCUGAGAAAAGRAAGGGCCACAGGAAUGCAAGCUGCCUGCUCGCUGAAAGAGGUUAUCUGACCAGACAGAAGAGAAGAACGAUUCCAAAGAGUGAAAUGGUUCAAAGAUCCAAAAAGAUCUAUGAGCAGCUGCCAGAAGUGCAGAAGAAGCGAGAGGAAGAGAAGAGAAAAUCAGAAUACAAGUCAUACCGGCUAAAAGCCCAGCUUUAUAAAACAAAAAUCACCAACCGUGUCUUGGGGAGGAAGGURCCAUGGAACUGAUAAGGAUCUGGUGCUCAACAAAGACAUUUUACGCUCAGUAAAUUUAGUGCCUUCCUCUGUGAAGGAGAUUGUGAAGCAGAUAAUGCAGUAAACACUUAUGCAACACAUGCUCUGUGAAAUGYAAUAGUGUCAUUUUUGUACUAAUACAAUCAGCCAUAUUAAUAAGUGCUUUAAGGAUCAGGAUUUUAACGUGAAUUGAAGUCUUAAGUAAAUGGCUGUUGUUUGUAGUGUUCUGCACUUCUAAGUAUACAUAGGUUGCAAGUAUUUGCAUCAUAAUAUAUUUAUGAUUACCUGCUUAGAAUAACUUUUAUAUUUAUUAUAAAUUGUUUUUAACAAUGAUUUGUUAUGGUUU